UCUACAUUAAGUAGUAUGCAGCUGCAUAAGCGGUUGAUUUUGCAGUGUUAAUUUUAAGUUUGACGGUGAAACUUUAACAUAUAUCAGAGUAAAACGUCUAAAAUGAAGAUGUUUUGCAUGUUUUUCUUCUCACUGAGUCUCGUUUUGGCUGCAGCCGAAAUGUUCAAAGAAACAAGUGUGCAGGAAGUUGUGCGCGAAACUGUGGUUGAUUAUCCUUCACGGAACGCCUCCUUCAAGGAUGAAUUGAUUCAAACAUGGUACAACAGCGAGAUGGAAGAAGGAUUAGAGUUUGCUCCAGGAAUUGUAUCACAGCAGUGCCUGUGGUGUAUCUGUCAGGUGGAAUCCCAAUGUACGCCAUUACCUUGCCGUAUAGAUGUUGGCUCGCUCUCAUGCGGGUAUUUUCAGAUCAAGGAAGCGUACUGGACUGACUGCGGGAAGCCAGGAGGAGGCUGGAAAAAAUGCGCACAAGACAAACAAUGUUCCUCUCGGUGCGUUCAGAAUUACAUGGCGAGGUAUGCGAAACACUACCGCUGUCCACUCAAAUGUGAGGGUUUUGCUAGGGAACAUAACGGAGGUCCUAACGGCUGUCAUAAUCCGAACACCUUGAAAUACUGGGAAAAGCUGCAGAAGGUACCUGGAUGUCGCGGAGUUCAGUUACCGUAGUUUUUGCAAGAGCGGAAACUAAACUUCUUAAUACACGACUUGCAAUAAAUGCGGAGGCUUAGCAUCCAAACGACUAGACUUUUUUCCUCUCAAAGAUAAAGUUUUAAAAAUAAUUCGAACCGGCGUUUGGCGAUUCCUCUUUGGAGUUGUGUAAUUUGUGUAUUUCUUUGUCAGUUCCUUUGUAAUGGUUUUUGUGUGUAAUUUGUGUAUUUCUUUGUCAAUGUCAUUAAGUUAUAUAUAUAUAACUUUAUUAUGUAUCAAGCCAAUUCUGGCCCAUGUACAUGCAUCAAUAUAACAUAAUCACAGAAGAAAUAACAAUGCAAAUAUACAAGAUGUGUAAGUAAGAUGACAAUAAAUAUAUCAAUAGAUUAACACUUCAUACCAGAUGCAUGUUACAUCUUUGAGAGAGGGAGAGACUGUAAGAGCAUUAUUUAACAUUAUGACAAAUAUCAAGUGUUACAACAUAAUAGAGACUUUUAAUAACAUUUAUUAACGACUGCUACAUUGAAUUCAAAAGCAAGUUUCGUUUUUCAAACGCCUUGUAUACAUACGCUGAAAGUUUUCUUAAAUCAGUAACAUUUUCAGUUUUAAUUAGUUCCAUAAAUUUGAUAUAAUUAGGAUGAAACCAAUAGUAUCUUCUAAUGUACUGAUGCCUUAAAUCCAUAUAUAGAGAACACUCAAUAAUAAAAUGGUAUUCAUCCUCCAAUACAUUACAAAAUAAACAUUUUCUUUGAUCCAAAGAGGCUCUUACAGGUUUUUUCCAUCUGCCACUUUCUAUUUCUAGCAUAUGGGAUGACAUUCUUAGUGGAGACAUACUUAUUUUAUGUUUUUUAACAAUGACAUCAUUCAAAUAUUUCUGAAAAAUAAAAGUAGCUAUUGUUCUGUAAAAUAGGGCCCGAGAGGAUCCCUGUAAGCUGUCGUUCCAGUUUUGUUUAAAUAGAUCAUAAAGACGUAUCUUCAAGGUUUGUAAGAAUACAUUAUUGUCCCCAACUCCUUGGUUUUUAACCACACUUCAUAAAACCUAACCUUGACAAUAAGUUUUUAACACUAUGUGAGGCCCGUAGCUACACUGAGGCACAGGGAGGCCGGUGCCUCCCUGUUUUUCUGCCAAGAUUAUGAGAAAAAAGGAUAUGUUUAGAGUCACCAUCUUAAAAGGCAUACCCAAACUGAGGCACUAUUAUUUCAUUUUACUUUGUUAAACUAUUUUCCACCAUUUUUUUAAUAUCACGAAUAAUUACACUAAUUUCAAGCACAUUUAUUUUGACCGUAUCCCAGAGUUUCAGAUAUGCAUAUGCAACAGAAGUGUUUUAUCAAUCUCUGCACUUGCUAAUAAAUUUCAUUAAAAAGUGGAAUGUCUUAAUUAAUUGAACGACAAACAUGUCCUCGUAAGUAGGAGACCAAAAAGAUGCAAUUUAAAUAAUUUGCGCAAAUGAUUUAUAACAGUUUUUAUGAAGGGGAGGAGGUGGAGGUAUGUAAGGGUUAAGACCAAAAAAAAAUCAACCUGGCUACGGUCCUGUAUUUUCUUCGGAAAUACAAAUCUGCAAAAAUACAGUUUACUAAUAUAUGCGCAAACAUUGACACUAGCCUCAUACCCUCGCCUGAUCUGUUUUAUUGCUUCUUUCGAUAUUUGAUAGAAUUAAGCCCAGCUCUAGCUGAGAAAUGUCGAGCGUGCUGUCUUUGCUGUCUUACGGACAGCUCUUGUUUUUAUUGAGCUUUAAUGUACUUUUAGGUAGUAAGAUAUAUCAGUUUUUUUUAUUAAUACAACAUCUUGGUUUUAACACUGUAAUUACAUGUACAUGUGAGAGAUAGACAUAGUGUAGUAUACAAAAGUGUCUUAUAAUUCUAAAGUAUUUAAUGACUGUGUACUGAUCUUUAAAUAUGCUAAUUCUUUUAUGUAUCUGUAAUAAGGUUACAAUAAAGACUAAAUAUUCGA